CAUCUCCGUGGAAGUAAGUCAAAUUCAGGUACCCGCUCCCCUCCCUCCCCAAAGAUCAGCAGUCAUCUCCUGUACUGUCCACAGUCUCUGGUCAUCCCUGUACUGUCCGCAGUCUCUGGUCAUCUCCUGUACUAUGUCCGCAGUCUCUGGUCAUCUCCUGUACUAUGUCUGUAGACUCUGGUCAUCUCCUGUACUAUGUCUGCAGUCUCUGGUCAUCUCCUGUACUAUGUCCGCAGUCUCUGGUCAUCUCCUGUACUAUGUCCGCAGUCUCUGGUCAUCUCCUGUACUAUGUCUGUAGACUCUGGUCAUCUCCUGUACUAUGUCUGCAGUCUCUGGUCAUCUCCUGUACUAUGUCCGCAGUCUCUGGUCAUCUCCUGUACUAUGUCCGCAGUCUCUGGUCAUCUCCUGUACUAUGUAUGCAGUCCAUUGUAUAUCCUGGAUUCUGAGUCUGACUUCUGUACCCCUGUAAGCAAAUCUACCAAAGUCUCUGGUCACCUCUUCUGAGGUCCAGAAAGCAUUUUCUAACCAUCUCCU